ACCACACCCACAUUAGCAGAACUUUGAGAAAACCCCAUUUCUCUGCUUUCUUUUUUAACAAGCCAAGCUGUCGGGACAUCAACACCAAGACAUUAGAAUAUCUGUAAGAGAAUAACAAGAAGUGGGAAUUGUUUUAUUUAUUAUUUUCUGCCAUUCUUGGAUGUUUUCGAGACCUUCGAAAAAUGGUGUGAAGGAUAGAAGCACUCGAGAAAGCUUUUCUUACAAUGUUGAUCUUAUGUCGGAUCAGAUGUCCCCAUUUCGAUCACAGAAUAAGACGACUCAACCCAUGUUCAAGCAUGGCUUCUUGCUCUCGUAAAACCUCACCAAUCAUUCAUGCUUUUGUAAUUUUUCUUCUUGUUUGUUCUUCUUCAAUUUCUCCCGUUUACUCAUCGGAACCCCAUAAUCUCCAUGCGAGAAAUCGAACUUUCCGACCGGAUAAAGAGCUACAAAAGUUGAAAUUCAUAAGACAACGUCUCAACAAGAUCAACAAGCCAGCAGUAAAGACAAUUCAGAGUCCUGAUGGUGACACUAUAGAUUGUGUUUUGUCGCAUCAUCAGCCUGCCUUCGAUCUUCCUCAACUCAAAGGACAACGACCAUUGGAUCCACCGGAGGGACCUAGGGUUUAUGAAAGAGAUGGGGUGAUGAUGACGGCGGAAGUAGAAGAAGAAGAAGAAGGAGAACAUGUUCAGCUAUGGAGAAUGUCAGGUGAAACAUGUCCGGAAGGAACAAUUCCCAUCAGGAGAACGACGGAACAAGACUUGUUAAGGGCUAGUUCUGUAAGAAGAUUUGGAAGGAAACCAAGACGACGUGUUAGAAGAGAUUCAACCAGCAACGGCCAUGAGCAUGCAGUUGGAUAUGUGAGCGGAGGAGAAUAUUACGGAGCCAAAGGCAGCAUAAAUGUGUGGGCACCCCACGUCUCCAAUCCCUAUGAAUUCAGCUUAUCCCAACUCUGGGUCAUCUCUGGUUCUUUUGCCCACGAUCUCAACACCAUUGAAGCUGGUUGGCAGGUGAGUCCGGAGCUAUACGGGGACAAUUAUCCUAGAUUCUUCACUUAUUGGACCAACGACGCAUAUGAAGCAACUGGGUGUUAUAAUUUGAUGUGCUCAGGAUUUGUUCAAACAAACAAUAGAAUUGCAAUUGGAGCUGCAAUCUCCCCAAUCUCAUCAUACCAUGGUGGACAGUUUGAUAUCACCCUCUUGAUUUGGAAGGAUCCAAAGCAUGGGAAUUGGUGGUUGGAAUUCGGAUCGGGGAUUCUAGUAGGAUACUGGCCAUCAUUUUUGUUCACUCACUUAAGGGAUCAUGCAACCAUGGUUCAAUUUGGUGGGGAGAUUGUGAACACAAGGCCCGGAGGUUCCCACACCUCCACCGCGAUGGGCAGCGGUCAUUUUGCCGGCGAAGGGUUCGGAAAAGCCUCUUAUUUCCGAAACUUAGAGGUGGUUGAUUGGGAUAAUAACCUAAUCCCAUUGCCAAAUCUACGAGUGCUGGCUGACCAUCCCAAUUGCUAUGAUAUCAGAGGUGGGGUUAAUGGGGUUUGGGGACAUUAUUUUUAUUAUGGAGGACCUGGAAGAAGUGUUAGGUGUCCGUAAAGGGAAUGAUAUAGGCAACGGGGGAAAGCAAAUUUUAUAUUAACAAUCAAGAUAAAAGAAAAUAAAUGAUAAAAAUCUGAGAGUCAAAAUAGGUAUUUAUUAAUUUUUGAGUAAGAUAAUUACCAAGAUUGUUGGAGGGACUGCUGCCCUUGUGGAUCUGCCCCUGGGUAUAGGGUAGAGUUAGUAAAUAGUUUUUUUCUUUUUUUGUUUAAUAUUUGUUGGGUGAUACUGGGUUUCUUAUGGAGAUGAGAGAUGUUGAUUUUGUAAGUUUGGGCCUUUGGGGCAUUUUUAUAGUAAUUAUUUUCCUUGUUAAUCCAAUUUUCUUUUAUUUUCUUAAUUGGAAUGAUAUUAGAAUUUUGGUAUAA